AUGGGAGAAUCAACGGAGAUGGCAUAUUCAACGGCGGUCAACUAUGUAUUAGAUAAGAAGAACAAGAAUUGGAAUCAAAAUGAUAAGACGAGUGAUCAACAGGAUAAUUUUGAACAAGAAUUUAAUAAUCUUUAUCACUUAACUGAAGAUGAAAAUAAGACAAAAAUUAAACCUCUAGAAAUCAAGGUAACUGUUAAAAAUGUUAAAAUCAUGUUUGAAAUUGAUACCGGUUACUCUGGCGAUACUAUUGUUCCGAUUGGUUUAGUUAAAGUUGACGUUGCGAACAUAAAUUGUAAAUUAUUAUUGUAUGUUUUACCUGGUAAUAGUAAACCGAUUUUGGGUAGAGAUUGGUUAGAUGCGUUAGAUAUUAUUAAAAAUUUCGAAUGCACAUAUAAUAGGAGAACGUUCAAAUUAGAAUUCAAACCAAACGUUACACAGGAGUUUUGUAAACCGAGACCAGUAGCAUAUGCGUUGAUAGAGAAAGUUGAAGCGGAAAUAGAUAGGUUAAUUAAGUCGGAUGUUGCGGAAAAAGUUGAGUCGAGUGAAUGGGCGACACCAAUGGUACCGAUUAUGAAAUCUAAUGAUCAAGAUUGUCAUGAAGCCUUUGAGAAAGCUAAGGCGAGUUUGAGUUCCGAUCAAGUUUUAGUACAUUAUGACACAAGGUUACCUAUCAAAAUCACCGUUGAUGCAGGCCUUGAGGGUAUUGGAGCGGAAGCGUCGCAUAUUUUUCCUGGUGGUAACUGUAGACCAUUUGCAUUUGCAUCAAGAUCACUUACACCAGCAGAACAGACAGAUCAUAAGCCACUUAUUUAUAUUUUUGGAGAUAAAAAAGGUUUCCCAGUAAUGGCUGCAAAUAGAGUACAACGAUGGAGUGUUAUUUUAGCUGCAUAUGAUUAUGAACUAAGUGAAGGGGUUAGAUCAUUUUCAUUAGAAACAAUUAGAAGUGAGACUGAUAAAGACUUAGUUUUGAAUUCAGUUAAGAAAUAUUUAUUGAAUGGUUGGCCUAAAAGUGUAUAUGAUAGUUUAUUACCUUAUAAAAGCAAAGAAAAGGAGUUGACAUUGGAAAAUGGUUGUGUUAUGUGGGGUUAUCGUGUGUGUGUUCCUUUAAGUAUCAGAGAAGAAAUGUUAAAUGAGCUUCAUAGUUCGCACAUGGGUGUUGUACGCAUGAAGAUGUUGGCUCGCUCAUACGUUUGGUGGCCGUCGAUGGACCGUCAGAUUGAAAAUAAAUGUAAAAAAUAUUUUUGUGGACCAACUGAUGGAAAAAUGCAUAUUGUAAUUUUAGAUGGUCAUUCAAAGUGGCUUGAUAUAAGAGAAUUGAAUAAUAUUACAGCGGAAACUACUAUUGAUGUUUUCAGAGAUUAUUUUGCAACUUGGGGAAUUCCAAAAAAGCUAGUUACAGACAAUGGUCCUACGUUUAUAUCGAAGUUAUUUGAAGAUUUUAUGUUAGCCAAUGGAGUUACACACAUAAAAUGUGCACCUUACCAUCCUGCCAGUAAUGGAGCUGCUGAAAAUGCAGUGAAAACUUUCAAAGCUAAAAUUAAAAUUCUGAAUAGACAAUGUUCAACAAGAAAGGAAGCUCUUGCAAAAUAUUUAUUUCAUUACCGCUCGUCUCCUCAUUGCACAACAGGUGUAAGUCCAGCUGAAUUACAAAUGGGAAGAAAAUUUCGUACAAGAUGGGAUUUAUUGAAAGAAAAUGUUGGCAAUCGUGUUGCACUUAAACAAGCAGAUCAGCAAAAAUUUUUUAGAGGUAAUAGAAAGGUGAGUUUUGACGAAGAAGUAGUAAUGGCUAGAGAUUAUGCAAAUGGUAAUUGGCGAAAAGCUGAAGUUAGUAAACAGAUAAGUCCUAUUACAUACAAUGUCACAUCAAAUGAUCAGCGAGAAUGGAAGCGUCAUGUAAAUCAAUUGCGAUCGUGUAAUUUAUCAAUGCGUGAUAACGAUACUUUACGAACACCGGAAAAAUGCAUGAGUCCUACGUUAUUGUCUCUCAGAAUGAUGUAA